GGUUUCAUGAAAGACCGUGUCUCGUUAUAUUCUUAUGCAUUGACUCAUCUUGAGUCAUUUCUGAUUUAUAUAUAUUUAUUGUCCUUUUUGGUUUUAUUAUAAAAUUUUAAAUGUCUACUGGAUUAGAAGAAAUGGAUAUGAAGUCUAUUUUAGCCGGAGGUCGAAAUGUUUUGUGCUUGUUUGACGUGGACGGAACGCUGACAAACCCGAGAGAGAAGAUCGACCCUGAGCUGGACCAGUUCUUCCAGACCUUGAGAAAGAAGGUGAAGAUCGGCGUGGUGGGUGGAUCAGAUUAUUCCAAAAUCGCUGAACAGCUCGGAGAAGGAGAUGAAGUCAUACACAAGUUUGACUACAUCUUCGCCGAAAAUGGAACCGUGCAAUACAAAGAGGGCAAACUCAUCUCCAAACAGGCCAUUCAGAAUCAUCUGGGUGAGGAGUUACUGCAGGACCUCAUCAACUUCUGUCUCAGCUACAUGGGGCUCAUCAAGCUGCCCAAGAAACGAGGGACGUUCAUUGAGUUUCGUAAUGGCAUGAUCAACAUCUCGCCCAUCGGACGCAGCUGCACGCUAGAAGAGCGACUCGAGUUCUCUGAGAUCGACAAGAGAGAGAAGAUACGAGAGAAGUUUGUGGCGGCUCUGCAAGAAGAGUUUGCAGGAAAAGGUCUGCGGUUCACCAGAGGGGGUUUGAUCAGUUUCGACAUCUUCCCGGAGGGCUGGGACAAACGCCUCUGUCUGGACGUCCUGGAGCAGGAAGGAUGGGACACCAUCUUCUUUUUCGGCAACGAAACUUCAUUGGGUGGAAAUGACUACGAGAUCUUCGAGGACCCUCGUACCAUCGGUUUCACCGUCCGCUCCCCUGAAGACACGGCGAGGCUCUGCAGGGAGAUGUUCUUCAGCGCUCCACCCAAUGAGUCGUGACACUGGACAGCUGACUCCUGCGCCCACUGCUGGUCACGGUGGGCAAACACAUGCAGAUCCACCCAAGCCACACCUCUGCUGAUCUGCAGACCGAAGGGACUGCACCGAAACAGCACUGACAGGGCCCCAUCGGAUUUAAUGUUCAAAUAUUACUUUUACAUAGAAAGAUUUCCCCUCGUUUCAUAGUAAAAAAAUUUGUUUUACUGUGGCCACGUUCACACUGCAACAUUUCCGGAGUGACAGCUGUGUUUAAAAUACAGCGAAUCCUCUGAAUGAUGAAAGAAUACAGGACUGCUUGACAUCUCAAAACUGUUUAAUGGUGCUUUACAUAUUUAAAGGAAUCAAGCGAUUUAAAGGCAUUUAAGGGAUUAAUGAACGUUUGGAUUUACAAUAUAUUGUAAAAUAAUGCAUUUAAAAUGCAUUUUAAUUUAAAAUGUUCUGACAUCCUCUCAACAGAACUGCUUGUUUAGUCAUAUGGGCUAUUACAAAACACAUUAUGAUUUCUUCAAAACGGUGAAAUCUGACAAAACGUUGAGUAGUUUGAAUACGUGCUUAUUACUGUCGGUCAUUUACCAUUUCUGUCCAACAGUUGACUGAUAUUAAUGUUUAGCCAUAGCCUACAUCUUACGCCAUUUUUCAGCCGUUAAAACGAUAAAGUCCGCCUCCUUUGAUUUGAUUGUCCAUCUCAAUCAUUUGAGUGUUAAUAAGCAGAUCAACACAAAAACACUUGUCAUCCUAAUAAUAAACAGAGCAAUAGAGAGCAGCUGAGCAGCAGAAUAUCAGAGAUAAAUUUGUCAUUAUCUGAUCAUAAUGAAUCAGAUGUGUCUGGUUAAUUGCAGUCCUGUUGUGUGAGAUACUGAAGACAUGCACCAGUUUCUGUGGUUUUCUAGCACCUCAGAUAAUCCAGCGUUGUCCGAAACAGUAAUGCGUUUAGAUUUUAUAUAAAUGCUGCUGUCUGAGUGAAUUAUUCAGGCGUCACUCAGGACGUCGAGUUGUCUCCAGAUAUUUAUCAUGCUAGACAUUGAUUCAUCAGCGAGCCUCUUUGAUGCAGUAGUUCACACAUGAAGACUGACGAACACUGAUCACCCGCUAGUUUUCUGUGAGUGACCUAAUAACUGGCUGUAAUCCUGUAGUGUGAACGUGGCUUUAAUCAACCCCAUCAGACAUCAGGAGUGACAUCAGGAGUGACAUCAGAAGUGACAUCAGGAGUUACUUCAGGAGUGACAUCAGAAGUGACAUCAGGAGUGACUUCAGAAGUGACAUCAGGAGUGACUUCAGAAGUGACAUCAGAAGUGACAUCAGGAGUGACUUCAGAAGUGACUUCAGGAGUGACUUCAGAAGUGACAUCAGAAGUGACUUCAGAAGUGACAUCAGAAGUGACUUCAGAAGUGACAUCAGAAGUGACUUCAGAAGUGACAUCAGAAGUGACUUCAGGAGUGACUUCAGAAGUGACAUCAGGAGUGACUUCAGGAGUGACUUCAGAAGUGACAUCAGGAGUGACUUCAGGAGUGACAUCAGGAGUGACAUCAGGAGUGACAUCAGAAGUGCAGUGUGAACAUAACCUCCUUCAUUGAUCAAUCACAGCGUGUUGAAACGAGUGAUCGGUUCUCUCUGUUCCACGCUAAGCUUCAGUUUUGUUAUGGUCUCGUGAUCUUAUUUGAAAUGUUUGUGAGUAAGUGAAUGUGCUUCUGAUCUCGGAUUGACUCUGAGAUAUUUACAAGAUGAUGAAAAUGAAUCUGCAUAUUUUUGAAUGAAUGACCACCCGAAUUGAUCAAAUCUGAUCUAACGCCAACUAAUAGUUGACUGUGUUUGUGGAAUCGCUCUUUUAAUGUGGUUAAGAUUACGAAUCAGUUUAGAUGUGAUAUUAUCAUUCCUGAGAGAAUCCAGCAUCGCUGAAACACCAGGUUGAUUUCCGGGGCAUUUAUUAUGACCUUCCUUGCGUUGAGCGUUUGUUAAUCGGACAUCAGUGUUUCUAAUUCAGGAUCCGUCGUGUGUUUGAGCGUGUGCUGUGAAUGUAAAUAUAUCGUUGCUUCAUGUCUGAUUGCAUAAAUGCACUUUAACUUGAAUUGAUUCAUAUCAUAAAAUUACACUAAUGAUGUAAACGGUGCUGGAUUUAAGAAAUGAGGUGACCUUAAUUCUUUUAAACAAAAUCAUUUAGUGAGGAUCUUUAUGUUUUAAUUUGUUACAUUUUAAAGUUUUAACACUCCUGAAGAAAGGAAAACUGUAAUAGGAUUUUCGUGGUUCAAAAAUAUAGCCUAUACAUGUGAAAUGCAAAUGCAAAUAUGCCUGGUGAUUAAUUAUGAACGGGUCUGUUUGUUUAAAAUAAAACUUUUUCAUAUUGCACUGUUUA